UAUGAUAUCAACUUUGUUCUGUGACCUACAAACUAUCAAGCGAGAGGAGUUGUCAAGUUACUUUCACUUUCUGUGUUCUAGAUAUGCUGAUCUAUGUGUAGCAAGGUACAGAUAUGCUGGUUUAUGUGCUUAUAAUAGUGUUAUGUUGGGCUUUAUGGAAAACUAUAGUAUUUUUGUGGAGACGUCAGCAGCAAAAACAACUUUUUAACGACAUUCCGCUAGUUUUCGAUCACCACUGGUUUUGGGGACUUGCCAAAAAGGCUUCAAAUGUACACGAUGCCGUCGAGAUUCAGAAGCGGUUUGUUGCGGAAGUGCGACCCAAGUGGUACUGCUCGUGGUUGCUGUUAAUCGAGCCCGCGCUGUUCCCGAGCUCCCCGGAUGUGUUCCGUGAGGUGUAUUCCGCCAUCGACGUACCUAAGCGGCAUGGAUGGUCAGGGCCGUACAGAAUGUUCGCUGCCUGGGUCGGUGAUGGCCUCCUGACCAGUAACGGCAAGAAAUGGGAGCGGAAUCGACGUCUCCUCACUCCUGCUUUUCAUUUCGAUAUCCUGAAAUCCUACGUCGUCGUCUAUAACAAAGUCGUGGACAUCUUCAUGGAUCGGGUCGGAGAGGCGUGCGCGGACGGCCGGAGCGUGGACGUGUAUCCGUACGUUAGCCGGGCCACUCUGGACACCAUGUUGAGGUGUGGCAUGUCCUACAUGGACGACGGAAUACAGAAUAACAAGGACCAGCAUCCAUACGUUGUGGCAAUCCACAGAUUGGGGACACUGCUCAUGGAAAGAGUACUUAAUCCUGUCCACUAUUUGGAUUUCAUCUACUACCAUACAGCGAAAGGAAAGGAAUUCAGGAAGUUGUCAACCUCGGUCCAACAGUUUGCUAUGGAUAUAAUUGAGAAGCGCAGAAAGUCCUUGGAUGCUGGCGAGAAUGUGUCUGAGCGGCGGAGUAAGGACUUCCUGGACAUCCUGAUCACAGCCAGGGACGACAGCGGCGCCGGUCUCACAGAAACUGAAAUCAUGGACGAAGUCAGCACCUUCCUCUUCGCUGGUCACGAUACUACGGCGUCUGCUAUUGGUUGGAGCCUGUACGCACUAGGGAUGUAUCCGGACAUACAGGGGAAGGUCAGGGAGGAGGUGGAGGAGGCCAUCGGGCAGGAUGACCCUACCUUAGAAGGCCUUGGUCAGUUCCAAUACACGACGUGUUUCAUAAAGGAAGUGCUUCGUUAUUAUUGCCCGGUGCCGGCCCAGUCCCGUGUGCUCGCCCACCCACUGACCGUACAGGGGAAGACCUUCCGUCCAGGGCAGAUAAUCGACAUUGGCAUGAACUCCCUCCAUCACAACCCAGCAGUCUGGGGCGAAGAUCACAACGAGUUCCAGCCCGAGCGUUUCUUUUCAAAGAACAGUCUUCACCGAGACCCAUUCGCCUUCCUGCCCUUCGCUGCUGGUCAAAGAAAUUGUAUUGGGCAGAAUUUUGCUAUGAACGAAAUAAAGGCGUUCUUGUCGGUCGUCGUAAGAAGGUUCACAAUCUCGACGGACCCUGACCGGCCCGCGGUUCCUUACGCCGAGGUUACCACGCGAGCGAAGGACGGUAUUUACCUCCACUUCCAGCACAGGCGGAAAUACUAAGUGUGUGAGAAAUAACUGGCAAUAUUUACACCUCAACUUCAACUCCUUAAAUGAACUGCCUUUAGGCAAUUGCGUUCAUCAAUCGAUGACGAAUAUCACUUUGUGAAAUAAUGUUAUUUAUAUACUGAACUUCGUGAAAGAUACAUUUCUAAAUAGUACCAGUCUUAUCGUAGUUCGUACAAAUGGAAACAACUUUUCGAAAGUACUAAUAUUUCUAAACCCAGAAAGUUGAGUACAUACUUACAUAAACCUUUACAUUCAAAUCUGUUCACAAAGAUAAAACGGCUUUUAUUUGUUAGAUUGUUGUUUUAUUGUGUUGCGUUCGAUUUCCUUUUUAUGUAUUGGAAAUUCGAUUCAUUGCUUUGUUUGUAUUGAAUGGUUGAUAUUUCUGUCUUUGAAAUGUGUAAAUUAUAAUAUGUAAAAAGUUCACUUGACUCAGACUCUAUGUUGGCACUGUAUAUAUAUAUGUAAUGUUAUUAACACCUUCCCCGUCAAUGAUCUGAACUUUCACCUUUCAAAUUUCACGUUGUCUUCAAUCAUGUCCUUCCUUACCUGUUACCUGUAAAAAACUUUUGCAAAAGUUAACAAAUCCUUAAAGCUCGUAUCUACCAAAAAUAAAUCCUUUCAUUUUCCUGUCAUUUGUAAAUGUUAACUCGUGUAUUCUGUUUUUCUCACUGGCCAUGUGACUUAUUGAACCCGUAUUCAAAACAAACUAUCUAUCUACUGUAUAACAUAGGGUUAAUACAGCAUCUGAUACACGAGGAUUAUGCGUUACAUUGCUUAUACACCAGUUUCAAAAAGAAAGUCCUAUGUUUCUGUUUUGUGUUCUACAGGGAAAGCUCGUAUAUAGACUGGUUCACAGUCUCCAGAAGUGAGAAGGAAGUGUCCGGAAUAUUAUACGAAUUACUUUCAUAUGUUGUUCAUUGUUCAUUGUUUAUUAAAAGUGACUUUGGCCA